AUGCUGCAUCAUCUGGUCCUUCUUCUUUUGGCGGCCGUAUGGCCUACCUUUGCAUUUCCUCGUGCUGCCUUCAAUCGGAGAGUUCGCUCUGUUGGUGGCACUUCACAAAUUUAUGCACGAUCUAAUGGCGCUAGCGACAAUAUCGCCAAUAUGGAGGGCUUCAAUAUUACCCUGAGUCCCUCGAAAUGGCAAGCCAUUCUGGUCAGUUCUUUCGACCGACAGGCCACUGCAACGCUCACCACGAUUCUGACAAUCUCGGAUCAUGCAACCGCUUUUACCAUCAAGCCGUCGGAUACUGCAGUGGAAGCCGUGACUUUCACAGGCACGACUUCUGGCCAUACCCUGACUUCUAUAUGCUAUCCUACCCGUGCCACGGCGGCGGGAACCACGAAAACAGAGUGCAUUAAGGAUACCGUGACAACCCUCGGAGUUAUUGAUGUGGGUUCGGUAGCCGUGACUCCUAACCCAACUGGCUUUGCAGUGGGUAGUCAAACCCUGACUCCUGGAGGGGAAGUGACGGUCGGUACGCAUACCUUGUCGUUAGGGCCCAGCGGUGGCUUGAUCAUCGACGGGAGCUCUACUCAUAUUGACUCUCCAUCAACGACCACAACUACUCGUCCGGGCUCGAUGACGAUCCCGCCCUCGGCGACCAAGCAUACUUCCACAUCCAAGACAAAAACACAGAGCACUCCUACUACUACUACUAGUACGAGCACUCAUACGACCAGCACCAGACCAAGUACAAAGCCCACGUUGACUGAUCCAACGACAAAACCGACUACAACCUCGACCAAGACCAGCACUACAUCUACCAAGCCGAUUAGCCCUUCAACUAAGCCUACCACUAGUUCGACCAAGCUUAUCGCCUCUUCAACUAAGCCUACCACUAGUUCGACCAAGCUUAUCACCUCUUCAACUAAGCCUACCACUUCACAUACUACUCCCAAGUCAUCUCAUACCGAUGAGAUCUUGACAAUUGGGACCCUGACCGUCACCGCGGACCCCGGCGGCUUCCAAGUUGGCUCCACCACUCUUACACCCGGUGGUUGGAUCACCGUUGGCACACAGACUGUUUCCCUAGAGACAGGUGGUGGGGACGUCAUCAUCGGUGGAACCACCGUUCCACUCACGACUACUUCAAGCACCACUUCAAGCCAGUCUUGGACCACCCUGUCCGACGCAUCCACUACUGGACUCUAUGGUUUCGUUACCCUGUCAGAAUUUAAGACUUUGACUACACCCACGAUUAUCACGACUCAGUACAUCGUGUCGAGCACCCAAACCACAACAGGCCCGAUCUACGUGGGAACCGGUGGUAUCGUGCUCCAGUCAUGGCCUCCGUCUACGAAUGACGACCACAUCGGCACUGGCGGUGGCAUCAUCAUCCCUGAUCCCAUUCGGCCGUCAAUUUCGAGCCCCAAAUUGAAAUGCCCAGCGAUUCUUGCUUGGCUUUGUGGAUCUGACCAUACAAGCUCGACCGACGAUGGGUCGGAUGUUGACCCGAAUGACAAGCCCAACAGCAAUCCCGAUGAUGAUCCGAACAAAGAUGACAAUCCUACAACGGAACCUAGCUCAACACACUCUUCGACAGCCUCGACAACUUCAUCGACUUCAUCGACUUCCACAUGUACCAAAACUCGGACUGUGACUGACUGCGGUGUUACAUGUAGCCCUACCGUCCUGAGUGGCCGGUCCACUACGACGACUACCUGCUUCACGACUUCGUGUAGUACCGUGGAGGGAUGUUCUGCGACUGGCACGACAUCAACUACCACCAUCACCUCUGCGGCAUGCGGUACUGGGACCGCAAGCUCAGCUUGCCCAACGUUCACCGACGGAAUUGGAUGGAUUUACCCUGAUACCACAAUCGACACUGCAGCAGUGAACGCCCUGGCUUCUUCUAUCAUGUCUGAAGAUGCUUCAAUCCUGGCAGAAUUCUCGUCAGAAUGGGCGAGUACCACUCCCACAACGCUAACCAAAACCACCAGCACUACCAGUAGCGGUGCCGUUACCAGAACGACAAGUAGUACCGCACCUUCAACUACAAAGACUAGUUCGAAGACCACCAAAACCAGCACUACCAGUAGCGGUGCCGUUACCAGAACGACAAGUAGUACCGCGCCCUCAACUACAAAGACUAGUUCGAAGACCACCAAAACCAGCACGUCUGUUACUACUACCUCUGCCCUGACAUGCCUCAAUCAAUACGAUUCCGAAACCGACGAGGAUAGCUGCUACUGCGAAGGACACACUGGAUCAUACCAGACCAUGAGUUCGACCUCCGGAAUGACGAAUUAUCAGCCCUGUGCCUGGACCACCCUGCCACCACUAUACACGAACGUCAACGUCGGCCCAAUCACGAGCACACUCUCUGAUGGAGACGUCGUCUACUGUACAUCCGCCCAUUGGGCCGAAGAUGGAGGAAGCAGCAAGUACUGCUUAGGCUCCGUGUCCACUAUCUCCACCGCAUCCCACACAUCCACCACCGCGAGCACAUCCUCCACAACAUCCAGCGGCGUCUCCGCGACGGGAACGGGAAAGCCAACGGGAGAAAUAUACAUCGGUAUCGUCACCGAGGGAUACGCGUUUACCUGGAAUGUGUACAUUCCGGGCACCAUUGGCACCAUUCCCGACUGGUGCGACGACUCCGAUGGAUCGAUGUCGGCGAGCGGGGAUACCACACGGUACUAUUAUCCUCCCGAUAUCAAUUUCCAAGAUUUAAAUGGCAAGGCCAGUAAUAUGCCUUGCGCAUACACGGGAGAUAAAGAUACUGUGGGGACAUUGAGUUGUGAGGGGGUGGGUGAAGUCCCCUGUACUAGUGAUUUCGCGGAGAGUGAUGCUUCGCCUAUAUGCUAUAAUAGCGUUCUGUAUGCGGGGUCCGCUUUCCCUCGGGUUUAUUGUAAGUGGUAUGGGAGUGAUGGUGAUGCAUGA